GGCCCGUGCUAAGGAUUGCACUGCAGUCGACAGACGCGGCAACCGCGCGCGCUCGUGCCGUAUCCGUUUAAGGAUCCUUACGUAACCGAUCCGAUUAAACCGAUAAUCGAUUAGUGAAAAACUAUUUUUUUUUAACAAUCGCAAUUUUUUGUGCACUGUGUUUUUGUUUUGUUCCGGACUUGGGAUUGUGUUUCGCUGUGUGUGAUAAACAGUUUUGUGUUGACGUUCAUGUUACAUAAGAAGGCACGCGACCGAACGAAGAUUUAAAAAUUCUAGAACUCUAUGAUUUGAAAAUGGCGCGUUCGAAGUUUGAAAUUGGCGGGUGCACGCGUGGGUGACGGGUCAGUACGCGCCGGGAGCUUGCGGUGCGCGGACGUCCGGAUGCACCCCACCGGCGCGGCCAGUCUGCCCGCCGCACCAGAGGCGGAGGUGCAAGCUAUGCACUCGAUGGACUGGCUCUUUAAGAAAGAAAGGAUAUAUCUCUUAGCACAGUUCUGGCAACAGAGAGCUACCCUGGCGGAGAAGGAGGUGACGACGCUGAAGGAGCAAUUAGCAACAACCAGUCCUACACCACUCCAAGCCACAGUACCGCCUAAGACAAAUGGGUCACACAUAGAGCCAUCGAGGGACCAAGAAACGAGGAUAGAACAAUUCAGUCCAGACAUCAAGGAGGAGAAGAGAAGAACUCCAGACAUUGAUGAGGAUAUAGAACAGAAAAUAGAAAUGGCUGCCACCGCGCGGAGUAACAGCAACUCUUCCCGGAGCAGUCCUGUUGUAAAUCAAGGAAACAACUUAGAAAGUGAAUUAGCUGCUAAAGAAAAAGAGCAAAAUGCAGUGAAAGAACCUGCAUCAGACAGAACACCUUCCGAGUGCAUUCAUCAGUCACCCAUUGAAUCACCGAAAUUCCCCGAAAUAGUGAAUCGGUUUUUUAUAACUCUCAAUGGAGCUCUGAAGCUUUAUGUGAAAGCGGACGAAUCUUUACAGUUGUUUUUGCAACGUAAUAUCAUGCUCCGUUUCUCGGAGCUGGGCCCCAACGAGCGGCCUCACACAAUACCACCUCCUAAAGACAUAUUCGGUCACCAAAAUCAGUAA